CCAAAGAAAAUAUGUGACACGGAUUUAAUUUUAGUUGAAACCACCAAGUAAAGGUUCUUUGAGACCUACACAACACCACGCAUAUUCCUUGUCAACCACACCAUACAGCUUCUUCUACUUGCACAUAAUCAGCAUUUCUUCCCACAGCCACUACUGAAAUUUUAUUCAAUAUCCAACUUUUUUUUCUUUUCAUAUUAUAGCUCUCUUCCACAAAAGAAUUUGGCUCCUCUUCCACAUCUCCAAUGUACUCCUUAGUCCAACACAAGUACCUACCAUCCGGUUUCCACCACAAAAUCUUCAUAAGCCGGGCAAUAUCCGGUCGAGCUUCCGAGUAUUGCUCAACUACCACCAAGCAUAGGCCCAACGCCAAAUUAGUCGUUGGGCCUAAGGCUGUGGUUGUACAGACUGUACAGAUUGUACAACGGCAGCCAAAAGUGGUAAUCACCACGGACCGACCCAAAGACAAUGAUCCGAGUUUGCAAUCAACAUGGUCACACAGGGCAUGGGUGAUAGCAGGGUGCACAACUCUCUUGAUUUCAAUGGGAGAGUCAUUAAAGGGUGCAGUUGAUAUGCAUAUGUUGAUGGAGCCGAUUUUUGCAGGGUGGAUCGGUUACAUUCUAGCUGACCUUGGCUCCGGGGUGUACCAUUGGGGAAUUGACAACUAUGGUGAUGGUUCGACACCAUUUUUUGGAUCCCAAAUUGAGGCUUUCCAGGGUCACCAUAAGUGGCCAUGGACCAUCACUAGGCGCCAGUUUUCAAACAACUUGCAUGCCUUGGCACGUGCCAUUACAUUCUCAGUGCUUCCUAUAAACCUUCUUUGCCAUGAUCCAGUUGUUCAAUCUUUUGUUGGUGUGUUUGCUGGUUGCAUUAUGUUUAGCCAACAGUUUCAUGCGUGGGCGCAUGGGACGAAGAGCCGGCUUCCUCCGGCCGUGGUGGCCUUGCAGGAGGCCGGCGUGCUGGUGUCGCGGUCGCAGCACUCGGCUCACCACCGGCCACCGUAUAACAAUAAUUACUGCAUAGUGAGUGGACUGUGGAAUGAGUUUUUGGAUAAGAACAAGGUUUUUGAAGCCAUGGAGAUGGUGUUGUACUUUAAACUUGGAGUUAGACCUAGGUCUUGGAGUGAGCCUGAGUCUGAAUGGAUGGAGGAGAUUGACAUGGCUUCUUAAAUCGAAGCUCAAUGACAUUCAUUCUUCUAUUUUCGUUUUUCUGUUAAUACGAUUUAUUAUUGCACAUUGUUGAGAGAGCUUGUGCCUCUUAUGUAUCCUCACUUAUUAUAUAAACAUUGUUGAUUGGAAAGAUUAGCCUUCAGAUAGUUGAAAUACGCGAUGCUUAUGUCAAUGUAAACAUGAGUAGAUUAUUAUAAAUCUAAUUUACCUUAUGAUGUUUGAGGAACUAUUUAUUUUUUCUU